AUGUUGAGAACCCCGGCCGCCUUGGACGUCGACCCCGACGUCCGUCGAUCCCUGGAUUCGCUUCCUGAGCUUCGGCAUCCCUCCCUUGCCUCCCUCACGGCUCCUGCCAGUGUAUCCACCGACAACCUCAUCUCUCCCGCCGCCGCCAACAAGGUCACCGAAGCACUCACCGAACGUCUCACCGCCUCCAUUGUUGAUGCCUACGAGCGCCACCUGAAGUUCACCCCCGAGGGCUGUCGCUGGGUUGUCGAGGGCCGUGCCGCAUUCACCAAGACAGUUGCUUUCUUUGUGGCGGCAGGCAAGGCAGUCGAGUUUGUUCUUCCCGCCUUCCCCUGCAAGUCUAGCAACCUCAACAAGGUGUCCGGUGCACUCCCCGACAAAGGCGAGGAGCUCGCGCUACGCACUCUCAAACUGUUUUCGGAGGAUGUCACCUCGUUCUACUCCCCCGGGGUUCUCGUGCGCGUCGUUUCGGAUGGCCACGUCUUCUCCGAUCUCGUCGGCACAGAUGAUGCAGCUGUCGACGAGUACAAUGCAGCACUGAAGGAAAUGGCUGCCGGUAUCGACGCUCGUGUCCUGUUCGCUGGUCUCGACGAGCUCAUAGCCCACAUCUCCGACGCACCACCGGGCGAGAUUCCAGCCACCGGCCCCAUGGCAACGAAGCACACCUCUGAAGCCGAUGCCGCUCGUGCUACCCUGCUUCAUUUUUACGGCCAGCCCCCAUCCACCAUAGAUGAGCGCCUCGCCAACGACAAGGCAUUGCUCGGGCUCUGUCGCGGUUUCAGCCGCUUCGUGUUCGAGGAUACGCUUCAGCACCCCUCCAUGAAGACGAUGAGCCAGAGCAAGCGUAAGCGCGUCGCCUGGUCGACUGCCAAGCUGAUGAUUCUUCGCAAUGAGGCGUACUCUCGUCUCGUCGAAGUCUGUUUUCCGACCGCGUUCCCAAUUUCGCUCGUGCACCCCUCGUUCCACUCUGGACUCGGUGCCCCCGUCGAGGCGCAGUUGUUCCAUAUCCCGACGCCGUGGCACAAUGUCGUACUCCAGCUGCCCAACGGCGGGUACGCCUCGUCCGCCCCACUGCGAAGGGAGAGGGCGCAUACUUUCGUCUCGUGUUUCUUUAUCGCGGCCCCGGGCAUGGGGCACGUCAUUCCCCUCCUACACCUGGCGCACUGGGCCGCCCAGUCCGGCAUCAAGGCCACCUUCCUUGCGUCCGACGUUCCCCUCAAGCGAGCUCCUUCACUCAUGCAUCCAAACCUCACCCUGGUUGCUCUUCCCUCAACCGGCGUCACUUAUGAGGACUACGCCCAGGGCCCCCACGCCGUCAUGCCGCUGUACCAGCAGAUGAUCGGGCCGGCUUCCGCCGAGCUUGAGCGCCUGGCGGCCGAGGGAGCGACGGCCGUCGUCGCAUCGCCUUUUAUCUUCUUCGGUUCACCCGUCGCCAAAAGGCUGGGUAUGCACUGGACGACCCUCGUCGAUGUGUCACCCAUCGGAGCGGCGGUAACGCUUCGUGUCGCUGCCGCCGCGGUGGGUAAGGAACCAGACGAGCAGCUGUGCGCCGACGGCCUCGACGUGCCGGGGUACAUGCGUGUCGGGACUGAAGACGUCAUCGCCGUCUUUGGCGAGAAGGGUCUCACCCCUUCCGGACCGACGGUGUGGCUGGCGAGCGGCUUCGCCCAACUCGUUCAGGAGAGCGACGCUAUGCUCGCCAACGCCAUCCCCGGUCUCGACGAUCUCAGCGAGGCCGAGCUCGGUUCUCGUAUCGGCCCCUUGUUCCUGCACUCUCCCUCCGAUCUACCAGCCGACAUUGCUUCAUUUCUCGAUAAGCAGCAGCCCAGGUCGGUAGUGUACAUCGCCUUCGGCACUCUAAGCGUGCGCGAUGAUGCUCUCCUUGAGCAGAUCCACAAUGUGCUGGAAGAGAUCGGUGUGCCAUUCAUUUGGAUCACGAAUGCCGAGCUCGACCCACUGCCCAACGGCAUCGUCCAGCGCUGGCUACCCCAAGCAGCCGUCCUGCAGCACCCCUCCAUCGGCCUCUUUUACGGCCACGGCGGGUGGAACAGCGUCCUCGAGGCCGUCGCUGGCGGCGUGCCCAUACUCAUGAAGCCUGCUCACGCAGAGCAGUGGCUGAACGCUCGUGUUGUGGAGGAGAAGUAUGGCACAGGGCGGAAGGGCUGUCCGGAGUCGAUCAAGCACUGGGCCUGUGGCGGGUGGGCGAAGGAGACGGCGAACGCGGCGGUUCUGGCCGAGACAGUCACGCAGGCUCAAGCCCAGAGCCAGGCCAAUUGGGACAAGUGGGUCGAGGCCGCGUUCAAGUAG